AUGCGCAGGAGCGCGGUGAUGCCUGCGCGGGGCUUGCCCGGAGCCGCCUGAGUUUUGCAGAGGAAGCUGUAUCUUCCCUUCUGUAUGAAUGCUCCAAGUUUAUUUUAUUUUACAUUCUCACUGAAAGAAGCAAGUGCAGCACUUUGGAGGCCAUGGAUGCUGAGGAAACAGCAGUUUUCCCUGAUCAGGCUGCCUUUAUUCCAGGCAGCAGGAAAGAAGAACUCUUCCAAUCUCCUUGCACUAAAUGAGGCAGAACUGAAAGAACAGUUUGUAAAAGGUGAUGGUCCAGGAGGUCAAGCCGUUAAUAAGACAAGCAACUGUGUUGUCUUGAAGCAUAUUCCCACUGGGAUUGUCAUUAAGUGUCAUCAAACAAGAUCAGUAGAGCAGAAUAGAAAGAUAGCCAGAGAAAUCCUGCAGGAAAAGGUUGACCUCUUCUAUAAAGGUGAAAAUAGCGAUGUUUUUAAAGAGAAGAAAGCAGCAGAGAAGAAGAAGCAAGAAAAGAAAAGAAGAGCAAAGGAAAACCUAGAAAGAAAAAGGCAUUUUAAAGAGAUGCAACAACUAGAUGGGAACUAAACAUUUGAAAUACUGACUUGACUUAACUGGACAGGAACAUCACAGGCUACGACUGAGUUCUGACCUUCAACAAGGAAGGGGAGAGCCUUCACAGCCGGAGCUGUAGUGUGUAUUUUAAAAGCAAUGGAGACUACCUAGCAGCUGUACCUCCUUCCUGCAGAGAUGACUGCAUCAGGACUGUGCCAUGGAUGGAAAGUCUCCAGCACUCUGCAGUCCCAUCCUCUGGGCUCUUCUUGAACUUGAGCCUCCUGCGUGAAGGUUAAACCUUUCUCUAUUGAGAGUUCCCUUGCACACACGGUAUGAGUUUGA